UUUCACUUACAGGAGAGAUGCGCUGAUGAAACAGUUGCCUUUUAACAUCCAACGAUUCAAAUGUCUUUUUAUACAUAUAAAAAACAUAUUAAGAAAAUAUAUGUUACAAACAAUUAUUUAAAGACAAACACACACUUGAUUUAGAUUUUUUACACGAUUGUUAUGUAUGAAGUUUAACUUUAGUAAGCGCGAGGUUUAGGUCUGCCAAAGGGAAAUGGUGCCUUUGAAGCGGAGGAAAAUGGUUCACGCGGGUUCUUUGAACACUGAGACAAAUGUCUGUGGAGGAACAGAGCCAACCAAGUUCCCUCAGCUGGUUUUAUUCUUGUUGGAGAGGAAAAUGGGAGCCAGUCGGAGAGCUUUUCUCUCUCAGCUCGGACGGAGGAAAGGAUUUCAGGUGGACGACCUGUUCAGUGAAAAUGUGACACAUGUUAUCUGUGAGAACAAUUCCGGAGAGGAAGUCAGGAUGUGGCUGGAGGCCCAGCAGCGCAGGCAGGGAGAGCUCCACCUGCUGGACGUCAGCUGGUAUACAGAGAGCAUGCGCCAUGGCUUCCCAGUGGAGAUUCACCACAGACAUAAAAUACAGGACGUAGCGGUGAACGCUGCGGAUGUCGCUCCCUUCUCCGUCCCCAGCUACGCCUGUCAGAGGAGGACCACCCUGGGAAACCAUAACCCUGUUCUGACAGACGCUCUGUCCCUCCUGGCUGAGAAGGCAGAGCUGAGCGGCGAGGACGGCCGAGGCGUGGCGUUCCGCAGGGCCGCCGCUGUGCUGAAGGCGCUUCCCUCUGCAGUUAGCAACAUGUCGCAGCUCACAGGCCUGCCCUGCCUGGGGGACCACUCGCUCAAAGUCAUUAAAGACAUUUUGAAGACUGGAGCAUCAAGUGAAGUCGAAUCCACUAAGGCGUCAGAGCGGUUUAAAGAAUUAAAGGUGUUGACGGGUAUCUUUGGAGUUGGGACAAAAACAGCUGACCGAUGGAUACGAGAGGGGAUAACCAACCUUCAGCAGCUACGAGACUCUGGGCAAACGCUCAACCGCUCGCAGCAAGCAGGUUUGCAGCACUACGACGACAUCAACCAGCCAGUGAGCAAGGCAGAGGCUGAUGCCAUCAGGGAGAUCGUGGAAAGAGCCGUGGCGUCUGUGUUACCGGGAGCUCAGACUGUUCUCACUGGAGGAUUCAGAAGAGGGAAGCUAACGGGUCAUGAUGUUGACUUCCUGAUUACUCACCCUGAGGAGGGCUGUGUGGUGGGACUGAUGCCCAAACUGGUCUGCUGGUUGGAGUCACGGGGUUUGCUUUUGUACCAGAAAACUACCAGAAAUUCCUAUCUGGAGUCUGAGGAUGGUCCGGGUCGCCCCGCCUCGAACAUCGACCGCUUUGAGAGAUGUCUGUCCAUCUUCAAGCUGCCCACCGGAGGAAACGCCGACCUGCAGGAAGCAGGCGAGGACAGCGGUCCGUCGGAGAAGGAUGGAGCCCCAGGGAGACGGUGGAGGGCUGUGAGAGUCGACCUGGUGGUCUCCCCCAUCAGUCAGUUCGCCUUCGCUCUCCUGGGCUGGACCGGAUCCAAGCUGUUUGAGAGGGAGCUGCGGCGGUGGGCGGGGCAUGAGAGGGGCAUGUCUCUGAGCAGCCACGCCCUGUACGACAACAAACAGGGAAAGUAUCUGAGAGCUUCAUCAGAAGAGGAGAUAUUUGCUCAUCUCGGUCUGGAGUACGUUCCUCCAUCAGAGAGAAAUGCCUGAAGCAUCGAUGCAGACGGCCGAGCUGGAGGCUAAAUGUGGAGCGGUUCUGUUUUCAGGGUUCUGACUCCUUUUCUCUGUUUUAUUUUUUUUUUGUCUAGGUAGCAAAUUACUCCGUUUAGG